GAUAAAUAAACAAAUCUCAUCCUUUUUAGUUUUUAAUUGACCGCAAUUUUGCCGAAUAUAAAGCGACGGGUGUAGCCCAUCGACUUCGAACCCAUCUUCCCAGCGUGGUCGGACUCUUAAGUGCUCUCCCUUCUCCGAUCCAUCCCAGGUAAUGUCUGUCAUGGUGAUUACGGAAAGGCGUUUCCUUUUAAAUUUCAAGCACCCGAGAACAACCAAACAAUAAAUCUUCAAUUAAAAGUUUGAGGACUAUUUAUGUCAAAGUCAGACAAUAACUUGGUGUUCCACAACAUCAGAAAGAAGCAUUCCAAGUUGGGUCUGAAGCUUUAUUUAGUGCGCAGUUAAUAUGGCUAUGUAUAUCCGUGUUAAGCGUAUCAAGACAACUUACUUUAUUCGAUGUGAUCCGACUGAAACAAUUCUAGACAUAAAGGAGAAAUUGCAUGUCCUCAUUGAACAACCAGUUAUCAAUCAGCGUUUAAUCCUAGUUGGUACCGGGGAAGUAUUAGAGGAUUCAAAGACAUUGGCAGAUCAGAAGGUUGAAAAUGAUGCAGUUGUGGCACUGACCUUGAGAAAAGAUGAUAAUGAGUUUGAGGAGGUGAACAUUGUACGGCCAAACGACUUCUAUCAAUCUCGUGAUGGAGAUGGUGGCAAUUGGUAACAGAACCUCAGGAGGGUUAUUAACCUGUCAAGGAAUCAAAAUUAAAGGCUUCUUGGAUUGCCAUUUACUUCAUGUCCAAUAAAUAUUCUUGUACCACUACACUAUCUUGAAGACAUGCUUAGGAAGAGCAUUUUGGUUGGUGAGUGAAAAUUAAAAGCUAGAUGUUAUUAAAAAAGAAGGGGGUUUCAGUUAUUAGAGUUGGUUCUUGUUGGGUAGGUAAAAAUGUAGAAAACUAGGGCUGAUCAUUCGGAUCGGGGUCAUGUCAAAUUGGGUUAGUGUGAGUCUAUCGUUACUUGAUCCAUUUAAUUAAAUGAAUCAAAUUCCUUAA